AUGUACCCAAAGAUUUGUUUCAGAAGCAGAAACCUUUCUCUUCAAGUGCAUGUCAACCUCUUGGUCUUUGCACAAGACAAGAGAGAGAAGUGCCUUUUCUCCUUUCUCAGCUCUCACUCCUCACUUCUCCCUUCCUCAGACUCGGAGGGAUUACACACAGAGACAGCAGACACAGCUAAAGCUACAGCUACAGCUCAGCUGCAUGCAGCAGAGAUGUCAGACUUCGAUCGACUAAAUAAAAGAGAGACACAGCUUCAAUUCAAUAGGAGGAGGGAAGGGAAGGGAAGUGUGUAG